AUGGCGUCGGGCUGCAAGAUUGGCCCGUCCAUCCUCAACAGCGACCUGGCCAAUUUAGGGGCCGAGUGCCUCCGGAUGCUAGACUCUGGGGCCGAUUAUCUGCACCUGGAUGUAAUGGACGGGCAUUUUGUUCCCAACAUCACCUUUGGUCACCCUGUGGUAGAAAGCCUCCGAAAGCAGCUAGGCCAGGACCCUUUCUUUGACAUGCACAUGAUGGUGUCCAGGCCGGAACAAUGGGUAAAGCCAAUGGCUGUAGCAGGAGCCAAUCAAUACACCUUUCAUCUUGAGGCUACUGAGAACCCAGGAGCUUUGAUUAAAGAUAUUCGGGAGAAUGGGAUGAAAGUUGGCCUUGCCAUCAAACCAGGAACUACGGUUGAGUAUUUGGCACCAUGGGCUAACCAAAUAGAUAUGGCCUUGGUUAUGACGGUGGAACCUGGGUUUGGAGGGCAGAAAUUCAUGGAAGAUAUGAUGCCAAAGGUUCACUGGUUGAGGACCCAGUUCCCAUCUUUGGAUAUAGAGGUCGAUGGUGGAGUAGGUCCCGACACUGUCCAUAAAUGUGCGGAGGCAGGAGCUAACAUGAUUGUGUCUGGCAGUGCCAUUAUGAGGAGUGAAGACCCGAGAUCUGUGAUCAACCUGUUAAGAAAUGUUUGCUCAGAAGCCGCUCAGAAACGUUCUCUUGAUCGAUGAAACCACAAGGAGCGCAAUGUUUUCUGCUCAUGAAAUCUUCGUUUACUAGAAAACAGUAAUAUUGACUACCAAAUAAUAUUGCAGUUGAGGCAGUGCUGCUUUUCUGAGCAAUUAUUCAUUCCACUAAUUAAAAUCUAUUGUGCAGAAUGUUCUAAGAGGUUAGAAAUUGGUGUGUAUAACUACAUUUUUAGAGAUGCAAUUUAAAAAUUAGUGCGAAAUACCCUGUUUUUACUGGGAGACUUAAUUUUUAUAAAGAGUAAAAAUACGGCUAUAUUAAAGUUAGAAACAGAAAUAUGUCUUAAUGCCUAAGGAGGGCAUAGUAGCUACUAUGAAAAAAACUUUCUGUAUUUCAAAACAGAAUAUUUUGCUGUUUUUCCAAAAUCAGAGGAAGUCCUAUGUUUUUCUUAUUUUGUGUCAGUUGUGAUUUGUUUUUACGCUUGAUAAUAUGAGUAGACUGGAACUUAAAAAUAUGUUUGUGUGGGUUGGCAUACCAUAUUAUUGCAUCUGAAAUUUUUAUUUUUCACUUUUCACUUUAUACUUGAUUCAUAAAGGCUAUAAAAACAAUGUAUGAAGCCCAAGGGUUCUAAAAUUCAA